AUGUCGUCCGCAGCGUCCGGCUUCCUUGGCCGCUCGACCAGCAACAACUCGAACAUGCGAGGACUGGUACAGUUCAUUGCCGACCUGAGAAACGCCAGAGCUAGGGAGUUGGAGGAGAAGCGAAUCAACAAGGAGUUGGCCAACAUUCGACAAAAGUUCAAGGACGGAAAUCUCAGUGGCUACCACAAGAAGAAAUAUGUGUGCAAGCUCCUCUACAUCUACAUCCUCGGAUGGAACGUCGACUUUGGCCACCUCGAAGCCGUCAACCUCAUUUCGGCGAACAAGUACUCGGAGAAGCAGAUUGGCUACCUUGCCAUGACCCUCUUCCUGCACGAGAAGCACGAGCUGCUGCACCUAGUCGUCAACAGUAUACGAAAGGACUUGUUGGACCACAACGAGCUGUUCAAUUGUCUAGCUCUCCACGCGAUCGCCAACGUUGGUGGCAGGGAAAUGGGAGAGGCCCUCAGCGGAGAGGUCCACAGACUUUUGAUCUCGCCGACUUCCAAGGCGUUCGUCAAGAAGAAGGCAUCCCUCACACUCCUCCGCUUGUACCGCAAGAACCCCGACAUUGUUCAACCACAAUGGGCCGAACGCAUCAUCUCGCUGAUGGAUGACGUGGAUGUCGGCGUAGCUUUGUCCGUCACAUCACUCGUCAUGGCCCUUGCCCAAGAUAACCUGGACGCGUACAAGGGGGCAUACGCCAAGGCCGCCGCAAGGAUGAAGAGGAUAGUCAUCGAUGGCGAGUAUACUCCGGACUAUCUUUAUUACAAGGUUCCGUGUCCCUGGCUCCAGGUCAAGCUUCUGCGCCUACUGCAGUACUUCCCCCCUUCGGACGAUACCCACAUCCGCGAUAUGAUCCGAGAAUCCCUGCAAAAGAUUUUGAACCUCGCGAUGGAGCAGACGAAGAACGUGCAGCAGAAUAACGCCCAGAACGCCGUUCUCUUCGAAGCCAUCAACCUCAUUAUUCACCUCGACAACGAGAAUGCGUUACUGAAGCAGAUUUCGUCUCGUUUGGGACGGUUCUUGACUUCUAGGGAAACCAACGUCCGCUACUUGGGAUUGGAGGCCAUGACGCAUCUCGCAGCUCGUAUCGACACUCUGGAGCCUAUCAAGCAGCACCAGGACGUUAUCCUCGGGUCUCUCAAGGACAGGGAUAUCAGUGUGCGGAGGAAGGGUCUCGACCUCCUUUACAGCAUGUGCGACUCGUCGAAUGCUCAGGUCAUUGUCGGCGAGCUUCUUCAUUACCUCCAGAACGCUGACUUUGCAAUCCGCGAGGAGAUGGUGCUGAAGAUUGCUAUUCUGACCGAACGAUACGCCACUGAUGUACAGUGGUAUGUCGACAUAUCGCUGCGCCUGAUUGCCAUGGCCGGUGAUCACGUCAGCGACGAGGUGUGGCAGCGUGUCAUCCAGAUCGUGACGAACAAUGAGGAGUUGCAGGUUUACGCGUCGCAGCACUCCCUGCAGUAUGUCAAGUCAGACCACUGCCACGAGACGCUGGUUAAAAUCGGAGCGUACAUCUUGGGCGAAUUCGGUCAUCUCAUCGCCGAUCAGCCCAAGUGCAGUCCCAUUGAACAGUUCCUGGCUCUCCAGAGCAAGAUUGCCGCUUGUUCGUCAAGUACAAGGGCUAUGAUUCUUUCUUGUUAUGUCAAAUUCGUCAACCUCUUCCCGGAAAUCAAGCCCCAGCUCCUGAAGGCCUUCCAAGUCUUCAGUCACACACUCGACUCCGAGCUUCAGCAGAGAGCAUGCGAGUACCUGACGCUGGCAACCAUGCCAACAGACGAUCUCCUGCGAACCGUCUGCGACGAGAUGCCCCCUUUCUCGGAACGCCAGUCUGCUCUGCUCGCCAGAGUGCAUCAGAAGCACGCCAAUACCAGUGAUAAGAGAACCUGGAUUGUCGGUGGUAAGGAUGCCAACACAGACGCGGUAGAGCUGAAGAUAGCCAAGGAGGGCGGCCUUAAGCGAACCUUCAGCACAAACGGCAACCCUAACGCCAGCAACGGAGGCCCCAACGGAACAAAUGGCAACGGCGUCAACGACUUGGCUGGUUUGGACAUGAACAACAUUGGACCCGCUGAGCCCAAGACGAAGGCACCCAACUUGGCAAGUGCCGCUCACUUAUCCCCCAACUGGGAAAUCGGAUACAACAAACUGCUGCUCAAGGCAGAAGGUAUUUUGUACGAGGAUGGCCAAAUCCAAGUCGGUGUGCGGUCCGAGUACAGAGGCCAAAUGGCGUGCUUGAUUCUCUACUUCAAGAACAAGACGCCCACCGCGUUGAGCUCUUUUACCACAACACUUGACCUUGACGAAAACGAGAAGGGCAAGCUUACGUGGGACGUGAAGAACCUGCCAGAGAGCACGAUCUACCAGGGUGGGCAGUCCCAGCAGGUCGUCAUGUUCGAGUGCAAGAGCGUAUUUGACAAGAGCCCAACGGUACGCAUCAGCUACCUCGCUGGUGCGCUUCAGGCUGUCACCCUGAAGCUGCCUAUCACCGCCCACAAGUUUAUGGACCCUGCAGACCUCUCCGCAGAAGACUUCUUCAGACGUUGGAAGCAGAUUGGCGGUGCCCCCCGCGAAGCCCAGCAGAUCUUCGGUUUGACCCCCGGCAAGGCGGAUAGGGAGUUGACUGAGUUCUUCGUUCGGCAAACCGUUGAGGGCUUCAGGUGGCGUGUCCUUGACGGCGUUGACCCGAACGCCAAGAACUUUGUUGGAGCGAGCGUUCUUCACACAUCGGAGGCGGGCAAGUUUGGUUGCUUGAUGCGCCUUGAGCCGAACUACGGGACGAAGAUGGUUCGUCUCACUAUCCGCGCCACGGACGACAGCGUCCCCGCCGUUCUUCUGAAGAUCAUGCAGGAGCGCCUUGCCGCCGGUUACACGCCGGAAAAGUUUCAAGCGCCGACCCCGGCUGACAUAUCGGACGCAUUUAGCAAUGUCAUGGUUACAUAG